AUGGCUGCUCCAAGAACCACACAUCAUUUUGCUCUCCGCUAUGUGAAGGGCACUCUACUGCAUGGUUUACACUUCUCGACACGUUCUUCCUUGACACUUAGCGACUAUUCUGAUGCAGAUUGGACUGGAGAUUCUACUGAUCGUCGUUCCAUUAAUGGGUACUGCUUCUUUCUGGGUGAUUUACUCGUCUUUUGGCGUAGUAAGAAGCAAACCUUAGUUUCCAGAUCGAGUGCUGAGUCUGAGUAUCGUGCGCUUGCUGAUUCUACCUCCGAGCUAUUAUGGCUACGUCGGCUACUUGCUGACCUCGGUGCACCUCAGUCGUUGUCUACUGCUCUUCAUUGUGAUAUCGUCACCGUCGACAGCGUCUCUCGCGCCUCACCGCCGCCUCGACUUUCGCCGGAAUCCUGUCGCGUCGCCCUCUGUCGCUCGCGCCUCACCGCCGCCGUCGCCGCUCACGUCCUUCCUGUAUCUCAAGCUACGCCGCCGUCGGCGUGA